AUGUUGUACGACAUUUUAACGGUCAUGAUAUGUUAUACAUUGGUAUGCCAAUUGGAAACAAUCAACGACGGAUUCCAAACAUUAGGACACAGUAAAGACAAACAUUACAGUGAGUGCAUAUUUAUGUUUGAAGAAUCAAAUACACCGGAUCCGUUCAGUUCAGUUUAGUUCAUCGGCAAUUGACUAGCAAAAGACGGACGCCCAAAUUAAAUAAAACACUUGUUUAAAUUCCUGAAGGAACAGACACUACGGUAAAUUGGUGAUUAAACAAAAAUUAUUGAUGUGCGGUAUAAGUCAAAAUCAUGACUGACCGAUCCCAUUCGGAAUAAUGCGAUUUAACUGAACUGACCGGAUCCAAUGUGAACGCUUUUUAUAUUAUAUUUUUGCAUAUGAGAACUAUACCAAGCCUAUAAACACUACGAUUCUACUUCUAUACUAGUUAUUAUAUGUGCAUAAUAUUAAUAUUUGUAAUAAAGUGAAUACAGGGGUACAAAAUAAAUGAAUGUAUACCCACUAAUCACUUAGAUUUAUAGGCAGAUAUAUAAAGUGAUUAAAAAUGAAUAUUUUAAAAUAAUGGCAAAGGUAAUAAAAAUCUCAUAUUUUUUUUUUUCGUGCAAAUUUUUGAUUAACUUUGUAAGUAUAAUGAAAAUAAUAAUUAUAUUUAUAAAAAUCAAGUAAGUUGAACCAGUGGCGUAUUUAAAGGGAAUGGUAUUCGGUUGAUAUACUACCCCUAGAAUUUUUUACAAAAAACACACAUUAUUAGUAAAAAUACAUUUUUAGUUACACUCAGAAUCUGAAAAAAGAAAAAUUUUAGUAGAACUAAUACAUCUAAACCCAGGUUAAGAAAUUUAAAGCCUCCAAGGCCAAACUUUUUAACGAGGCCAUCAGAAGGAAUAAAACAAUUAUUGUUAAAAAUUAUUACUCAAUACGAAAAACAAUAAAUAAUGUCAUAGAGAUAGUAAAGUGAUAUUUAAAAUUUGAACAAAUAAAUUUAUUUUUGUAACAAAACUCUCCUAGAAUAAUGGGAAAGGGUGCAGCCACUGUUGUAGGUGGGAAGGUAGGAUACAGAAAAGAAAAUAAUAUAUAUCUAUAAGCAAAGAUAAACCAUUGCUAACAAAAAAGCGAUUCUGAGCGGAGUUCAGGUGAUAGUGAUGCUUUGUCAACUAUAUAUGUGUCAUAUUAUGGUAAAAUAAUUAAUUAGGCAUUAUAUAUUUGCUAUAAUAAUAUUUGUUUAAUAUUGAUCCAAUUUUCCCGUUUUUCCUAUGUUUCUUCCCAGUUUUUUACAAUUGCUGGGAAAAAUGUUGAAAAAAUCGAAAAAUGACCUCUCUAAAGUACCUUUCCAGUCAGAUUUUCUUUCAGAAAAAAUUCCAUUAUUGUUAAUCGGAGCAAAACUUCUGGUAAAAAAGUUGUCCACAAAAAAAAAAAUUCGUAAUAUUUUACUAAUAUUUUUUGUAAAUUUUCCGUUUUUCCUCCGAUUUGUUUUUGGUUUUUCAUAUUUGAUGAGGAAAUUCUUGAAAAAACCGAAAAAUGACGUCCUUAAAGUACCACCCCAAGAAAAUUUCCUUUUUGAAAAGUGUCUACAUUGUAAACACCGGAGUAAGUUUUCUGGUAGAAAAAGUGUUGACAUAAAAUAAAAAAAAAAAUAAAUAAACAUCUUUGUAAAACCAAUACAUUCUUCGCUACACUCAGAAUAUAAAAUUACUAUAAUAGUGCCCACUAUAGUAAUCUUGGGGUAAUGAAGAAAUAUUAAAACUAAUAAAAUAUUUUACAAAUUUAAUGAUUAAAUGUAUAGAUAUAGAACGUAAUAUACUGUGGUAAAAUUUAGGCUCUUAAAAUGUUGUGGCCUGGGGGCCCAGUGGCCCUUAAUGUUUUAUUGCUCAGAAUAUAAAAUAUGGUGUGCAGAUUUUUUUUUUUAAAUUCUAUUAAUAUCACCUCACAGAAAAAGUCAUUAAUAUGCCACUGGUACUCAUAAUAAUCAUUGUAUAAAUGAAAUUCGUGUUUAUAUAGAUAUCGAUGAUAAGAUACUAUUAGAAAAAGAUUGUGACGUAAUUAGCGAUUUAAAAAAGAUUAUUAUUGACCACCAAAACAUAAUUAAGUGAGUAAUUUAAUUUAAUUUAUUUAUACAAAUUGAAAUAAUUAUCACGUAUUUCUUAUUUAGUAAAACCAUUACACAAUAUACGUACACAUCAUUUGCCGCAACGAAAAAGGUCUUAAGUCAAUUCGAGUCGUAUCUUUGAGGUAUUCAUUUCUAGAUCGUACUUUUAUUAUUUUUUUUUUUUUUGCAUCGAUCACAAAAACAUUAGUAUCUCUGACUAAUUCAAAGAGAUUAGAUUUGAAGUUGGAAAAAAUGAGAAACGACCGUUUUCAUUACGGCAGGCGAUAUAAUAUAUAAAAUGUUUAAUCCGCAUUUGUAUAAUUUUACAUACAAUAUAAAAAACAAUAACAAAUUAUAAGAGAUUUUUUGUUUUUUUCAGGAACUUAAACACUUAUUAUGAUAUUUCCCGGUCAAUAAUGUUGAUUCAAAUAUUUAUAUCAUCAAAUUCACACAUACUAAUCUGGUUUAUUUUAGCAAAGGUACGAUGCAUACAUACAUUUGAUUAAACAGUUAAACGUAUAUAUUAAAAUAAACGUUUGCCCACAUAUCGCAUUAUUUACGACGAAUUAUUAACAAAUAAAAAUUCUUAAAAAUGUUUAAGAAAAAAUGUAAUCGAUUUUAAUUUUUGAAUUGAGGGUCUGUACGCGAUCCGUUUUUUUUUUUCUCGUUAUUUACCGUGUUAAAUCUCCUGCCCCUCGUAGAGACGUGCACUAACGAUAUACUUAAUAUUUUUGAAAGAGAUUAAAAAUUCCUGCAGGGAAAGUUUGGCAUUGGCCAGCUUAAGAGUUAGAGUUAAGUUACGUCAUAAUGAGUGAUUUUCUUUUCACUGGAAAAAGUAACAUCGAACUUAACCCGUCGUUGGUGGCGUCUCCUUUUUUUUUUUUUUCGCACUCCUACGGUCGCGUGGUAAGAGAUUCUCUCACCGCGUGCGUAAUCGUCGCGGUAAAGGUACGGUUUCGCACGCGCGACUGGCCGCAACGACUGAACGCAACGACCGGUCGCUAAUGACGCAUUCGCAUGUAAUCUACGAACGUGAUUUCCAACGUGCGGUCGUCGUGCACGUGUCGAAAACAAUCGCGACUGUACUGAUCCGAUGUUGUCUACGGGUGGCAUACGAGUCUAUAUUCAUAUUUUCAAUCGAAAUAGCGCGACAAAUUUGAUUAUUAGGUUAUUUUUUUUUUUGUUUUUUGCCUAUAAACUACGACUUAAUUAAUAAAUUGACAAUAUAUAUUGACAAUCGUUAAAUAACGAACAACAAUAGUAAAUAAAUAAUCAUGUCAAAAACCAUUAAAUCGAAAUUUUUGCCAAACGAGGACGGAAUUUUACUCCUCUAGGCAGUAAUCUACUUCGUUUUCUUCCGCUAAUAGAAAACUGAUUAUGUUAUCACGAUUAAUAAUAAUUUUCCCCGUCGUAGUCCGUUUAAUAAUUACGUUACAGUAAUAUUAUUAAAUUUAAAAAAAAUCAUAAACACGUUUGCACGCUACUAAAUCUCAGGAUAAAACGGACUGUUAUACGCCAGUCGCAGAGUGUAUAGUCGCGUGUAGGAAACCACCAGUCGGUACGCAGCUUCUGGUCAUUACGACUAGGCGUUGCGUUCGGUCGUUGCGGCUAGUCGCGCAUAAGAAACCGUACUUUCAGCCGGAUACUGACAAUAGAUCGAUUACAAAGUCGGUUAAUUUUUAGAUUAAAUGCGUCUGUUAAGAUACAGCGUAACUACUAGGCAAUACACCGAUAUAAAAGACGGUGGUGACAGAAUGGCCAAUGACGGGUUAACGAGUUAUUUUUAUUAUUUUUUUUUUUUUUUUCUAUAAAGUAACUUUUCGCGGUAAAUUAAGUCUAUAUUCAUGUUGAGGUGAACUUUUCCAUAACAUAUAAACUUCUAAAUUUAUACAUUUAUAAUUUGCACUUUGUUUGGCUGAACAAUAGAAAAGAAAUAUAACAAUUAUCUGGAAUAUUAUUUAUAAUACAAUACUAUUGUAAUUUAUUACACAAUAAAUGUACGCAUAGGUUCUAUAUUUUAAAUAAUUGUAGACUGUCGACGAUAUAAUGAAUUUCGCACUAUUCUUGGAUUACGAUAUCUAGGUUUCAACGUAACGUACACAAAUACAACUUUAUACCCACUAAAUUGACAAUAUAAUUUCCAAGUAAUAAAUAAAACUAUUUAUACUUUUUCACGGAACAUGGGUAUUAAUGCAUUAUAGCCGUAUUAUAGAUGUUGAACAGAAAAGUUAUAGGGGCAAUCAUUACUGAGAGAGAAAAAAAAAAAUAAUAGAUAAUAUCUCAUUUACUCAAUAUUGGCAGUAUUUCAUACGCGUUUGAAUAUUCGAAUUGUCUAUUAAUAGUUGUUAUGAUAUCGAUAUCAUUGUAAAGGAAAUUAAAAGAAAUUCGAUUUACCGACGGCCAUAACGCUAUAAAUUAAUUAAUAAACUAUUUAACAACACGGCCAGUAGAUUUCAAUUAUUAUUUAUUAAUAAAUAAACUACUAAUUGAUUUCAGCCAUUUCCGGGUAGUAUUUUCAACUGAAAUAUUUUGAUAUUUAUAGACACAAAGAAAUCGCCGAUUGGCCGUAACACGUCUUCAAUUAAUUAACUUUAUACAUACUAUAGUUUUCGAAGUCUAACAUCUAUAUUAUACUAUUGAACUUAAUUGCGUAACUUUUACUAGUUGAAUAAAAAAUAAAGGUAACUUUAAACUUGAAAGUUAUACUUAAAUUACUUUUUAGAUUGUGCGGAACGACGAAUAUAUUGGUUUUACUAAGGUGUUUAUUUUUUUUUUUUUAUACACUGUGUACACAAAUUCGACUAGAAAUCUUGCCCCGAUAUAUACGCGUGGCACUAUUUCUGAAAGGAAAUAUUGUCCAGAUUGUACUUUUGGGUAGUCAUUUUCUGAAUUUCCAAACAGUUUUCAUUAUCUCUGAGUAAAACCAGGAUAAAGCGUAAGAAGAAUUAAGAAAUAUUCGAAAUUAAUGCUUUUAUUAUUUUAUCAUUUUUGUUAUUUGUUGUAAUUCAGUUAAAAAUGUCCGUAGAGACAUGAAAUUUGGACGGAAAACUUAUAUUUGCCUUUUAUAGUUUUUCAAACAAUUUAAGCCAUUUUUGGGCUAUUUGUAGACAAUUUAAUUUUGUGAGUUUUGUACGUAAUUUUUAUUUGGUAGAUACUGCGUGGUAAAAUUGUUUGAAAAUUUAACCGGAGAUGCAUUAAGUUUUACUUUUUGGUAAAAAAAAAAAAAAAAUUGAGUUUAAUAUAGUAUUUGUUAUUAUAAAAGAGUUUUUUUGAUAUUAAAUUUAGACGAAAAUUGUUCGAGUAAAAAAUUAUGUGGAACAAAUCUAAUUUUUCAAUAUUUUUUUUCGAACGUAUGUAUAUUGCCGAUUUAAGAACGAUGGUUAAGUCAGAAUUGAGCGGACUGAAUAAAUUUCGAAAUUAGAGCUUUUUGAAGUUCAGAUAUUAUGCAGAUAUUACAUGUUUAUGUUAAAUAACUCUAUAAUAACUAUAUAACUCUAUAUUGUCUACUUUACUAUACAUUUAUUGUAGUCGAAUGAUCAUGAGUACGUAUUGACAUAGUGGGGCCUCGGGUUUCUAACCUGGGAUUUGAAAAAAAAAUGUUUGCAUUUUUUUUUUCCUUUUUACCUAAAUAGGGGAAAAACAAAUGCAUUUCAAGUGUACCUAAAGUUCGAACGAUUUUAAUCGAAAAAUACACUUCGAUUUGUUAUGCAAACUUUUCUACCAGAAAUCUUGCUCCCAUGUAUCAAAUGUAGAUUAUUUUAUUUAUGUCUAGAUAAGGUGAAUAUAUAGAAUUCUGGCCAAACUUCAAGUCAAAUAACAAAAUUGAAAAAGAAGAUAAGCAUUAUUUCAGUAAAUUAUCCGUUUUUCUUACGUUUUUUCUCACUUUUUUCUUACUUUUUUCUUUUAUUGGGAAAACUGCCGAGAAAAUUAAAAAAUAUCAUUCCUAAAGGACCGCCCCAAGAAAUUUUACUUUCGGAAAAGGGUCAAUAUCGUAUAUAUCGGAGCUAGAUUUCUGGUAAAAUUUUUGUACAUUAUUUAAAAAAAUAUUAACAUGUUUGUAAAACCAAUGCAUUCUACAUUCGCUACACUCAGAAUCUAAAAUCGUUCAUACAUUAAUUAUUUUUAUACUAUUUGGAAAUUUAUUUUUCAAAAUCAAAGUUUAAUGCAUCUUAAAAGAAGUCUUUAUAUUUCCAAAAAAAAAAGAUUGAAAUUACACGUCUCUACAAAGCAGGAAAGUGAAUUCUGCAAUAAAGUAUGUUCUGAGCACAAAAACAGGUACCCUUACUAUAAUUUUUACUUCAUUAUUUGUCAAUGUAUCUCCAACUCCAAUUAAAUAAUUUACAUUUCUUAAAAUAAUUAAUAUAAACUUCACAAUAAUGUUUAAUAAUUUGACUUUCUUACUUACUUUGACAUUUAAAACUAACAUUCAAAUAUGUAUACAAUUAUUUAUAUGGUUUUAGAGUUAUUUCGGUGGCGGUGAAAUGGGAGAUUCUAUAAUAUCUGCUAAGCUGAUGUUCGUACUCCCUGUGUUUAUUUUUCAAUUGUUUAUGACGUGUUAUUUAUUUGGAUUGAUUAAAGAAAAAGUAAUAGUUUUAGUACAGUAUAUUAAAAUAAAAUAUAUCGUUGUCAGUUUAUUUAUUGGUUUACAUUAAUACCUACAAAUAAAUCGUCCAUAAACAUUAAUUAUUUCAUUAUUAAUAACUACAAAUCGAUCGUUAUUCUGAUUUUUUUCAGAAAGAUUCGAUAAUUUUAGCGUUAUAUAGCAGCAAUUGGACGCUAAUGAACAUGAAAAGUAAACAAUUAAUUUUAUUGAUGAUGAAAAUGAAUAAUGCUAACCAGAUAAAAAUGCAGUUUACACAAUUCAGAAUCGUUAACUUAGAAAUGUUUACCAACGUAUGUAUAUACCUAACGUGACCACUGACCAUACGUCCCGCUUUCGGCGGGAUAGUCCCACUUUUAUGCUAUGCGUCUCACAUUUGAGAUAUCGCUUAGUAAAACAAAAAUAUCAGUAUUCAAUAGUUAACUAUUGUAACAAGUAGUUUUUUAGUAGUGAACUAUUACACUUAGUAGUUAUUUAGUAGUGAACUAUCUAAUAACGUAUAGUAUACUAUUACAAUUAGUAGUUAUGCAACAGUGAAAUUCAAACUUAUCUAUAUUGAUAUACCUCGCCACCACCCGCCGCCGCCGCCGCCAUUCAUAACUUACUAUUUUUUCAGAACUAUUCAAAAAACAAAGUUAUACACGUAUUAUUAUAUUUUUACGGAACAAAAAUAAAAUAAAUUUUUGCGUCCCGUAGAUUCCGCAAGAGACAACGAGACAGGUACAAAAAACGGGACGUAUGAUCACCUUAGUCAUACUGUAUUUGUAUAGUAUUUUGAAAUUACCCCCCCACCCCCCACUUACAUACUUACCCCCAUGCUGAAUCAAAUACGGGUAAACGUAAACUAUUUAGACAUUCACACCCUCGAGAUCAAUAAAACUUUGUCCUUUACUCGUAGGUAUCUAUGAGUACCAUAGCCAAUUUUUUUUUGUGGGGAGGAUGGGCACUGAUCAUUUUUAUGUUAACUACUAUUUUUUAAUACGAUCAAAAUACACCAAAAUAACCAAGAAACAAAACUAGAGGUUACGUGCUCCCACCCCUCCUUCCCCUUUACCCCUCCCUGGCACUGGUGUCCACUAUUCAAAGGAUGUUAAAAUUUCCAUUCCCAAAAAUUCUGCAAUUUCGAGAUGUCACUGUAAAUAGGUAUAUUUUAUUUUGAAAUUGAUUUAAUAAUUUACAUAAUCAUAAAAUUCAACUUUCAAUAAUUAGGUAAAUAGGUUAGUGGAUAAGGCGUUAAUAUGUGCAGGGUCUCGUAUUCAAUUCCAAGUGGCAAUAGAAAUGAUAUUUCAAUUUUUUGCAUUUUUUCUUACAUUUUCGUAAAAAAUUAUUUUUGUGUAAACUAUUAAAAUGUCUAAUAGUUUAUCCAAAAUGACUAUUGGAGAAAUAUAAGUAGUAUUUUAAUAGUUUUUUUUACUAAGAGAAACGUCCCACUGCCCUCAAAGAACGAAAAGCUUUGAUAAAAAAGUUCCUAUGGAAAUGGUUUCUGUCGAAAAAGGGCACGUGUUUAUUGAUCGCAGCACAAAAAAAUAUGGCUUUCGAAACAUUAAACACAGUGACUAACAUUUUACAAAUUGUACAACAGAGUAAUUUUAGUAAUUUGUCUGACGCGAAUCGCUUAUUGUAA